GGGUGUGCCCCGAUACCGUGCAGGUUUGAUGACACACGCAGCGCCACUUUGCUGCCUCUCUCACACACCGGAGAGUCAUGGGGAAGACAGGUGGAAGAGGCGACUUUGAAUGGGUCUACACCGACCAGCCGCACACCUCCAGGAGAAAGGAGAUUUUAGCCAAGUACCCACAGAUCAAGUCUCUGAUGGGUCCAGACCCCCAGUUGAAGUGGGUGGUAUCAGGCAUGGUCCUAACCCAGCUCCUGGCCUGCUACCUGGUCCGCGACCUCUCCUGGAAGUGGAUCUUCUUCUGGGCUUAUGCCUUUGGAGGCUGCAUCAACCACUCCCUGACUCUGGCUAUCCACGACAUCUCUCACAAUGUGGCCUUCGGCAACAAGCUGGCGAAGUGGAACCGCUGGUUUGCCAUGUGGGCCAACCUGCCCAUCGGACUGCCCUACUCUGCCUCCUUUAAGAAGUACCACGUCGACCACCACCGGUAUCUGGGAGGGGACCAGCUGGAUGUUGACAUCCCUACAGACUUUGAAGGAUGGUUUUUCUGCACCCCUGCUAGGAAGGUCCUCUGGCUCUUCCUCCAGCCAUUUUUCUACGCCCUGCGUCCAUUAGUGGUCAAUCCUAAACCAGUUGGUCAGCUGGAGAUCCAGAAUGCAGUAGUUCAGCUUACAGUAGAUCUAAUUAUCUACUAUUUGUGGGGGUUGAAGCCUAUUGUUUACCUAAUUGCAGGAUCUAUCUUGUGCAUGGGACUACAUCCUAUCUCUGGACAUUUCAUAGCUGAGCAUUACAUGUUUCUGAAAGGACACGAGACUUAUUCUUACUAUGGACCACUGAACUUGAUCACCUUCAAUGUCGGGUAUCACAUGGAGCACCAUGACUUCCCCAGCAUACCUGGCAGUAAACUACCUCAGGUGAAGGAGAUAGCAGCAGAGUAUUACGACUCCCUUCCCCAACACACUUCCUGGAGUCGGGUUUUAUGGGACUUUGUGUUUGACGACAGCAUCGGACCCUAUGCCAGAAUCAAAAGGGAGUACAAGUUAAGCAAGAAGGAAUAGAUCUUUAACAAUUAUACUUUCUACUAAACAGAAAUGUGAAUUUGUUAAAUAUCCGUUUACUACAAAGAAAAGUCCUCAUAUUCUUUAAGUUCUUUUUCCACACAGUGUGAUGUUGUCACUGUAGAGUGUUUGACGUCUUCAUCUAAUCAGUCCAGUUACUGCAUGGUAAAUGAAUGUUCACUUUUUGAGUGCAUAAGUACACCAUUUACAGAGAUUAAUUUCAGUGUAAGCAGCUGAAUAGUUCUGCUUUUCUGUCCUUUAUUCAUGCCUGUGUUCCUGCUAUAAACAGGUGGUUCAUUGUCGUGAUAUAAUGAUGACAUUUCCUUGCAGCCUCAUAGAGAAGGGCAAAAUAAUGAUGGAAAGCUACUAGUUCCUCUUCUGUAACUGGAAACAAUUUCUAGGCAUUCUCACGAGAUUUUACAGAGAUGUCAUUACCUCCUGCAGUUUCCUGCCUGUACACAGUAUUCAGGCUUCAUAAGCAUUUCUAAAUGUGAGAAUCCAAACACUCAACAUCUCUCAGUUACCUAAUACAAUUUCACAUCCAUCAUGCGGAACAGUGCUGAGGUGGAAAAUGAGCAAUGAAACUUACCUGCCAGUAAGAGGAGCCUUUUCUUCAGUGAUGCCUCAUUCUGCUUAAUGCAGCUCCAUCGUGCUGUAAACAGUGUGAUUACAUCUACAGGGGGCGGACAAAAUAACAGAAACAAUGCAGUAAAAUGCAAAAAAGUAGCUCUUUAGGAAAUCUGAUGAGGUUUAAAUGUUUGGUGAAGUUUUAAGACCACUAGUGUUGUUGAAUGAGCACGUUUAAUUUUAAAGCUUGUAAUUUCUGAUGCUUGUGAAAUAUUCCAUUUAAUCUGCAUUUCUGACCAUUUCUCAUCCAGUUUUGCUAUCUCUUCAUGACUUCAUGAGGUUGCAACGUGAAUUAUUUUUGGAGUGUUGCACCUGAAGCAACGUCUUGCAAUCACAUAUUAAGCCUCUGAAAUAACAACAACAGCAAAACAGCAUUAGGGGAGCAAAGAGGAGCAGUGGUGGCAAGCCACUACAAACCACAAAUCAACACUUUAGAACAACAUUUUUUCAAGCUUUACUAAGCGGGCCUACUGUAUUGUGCAGUGUUGCUCUUAUUUUGUCCACCCACUGUGUGUGUUGAUUGACAAGCAUGGUCACGUUUCUAUUGUUUCUAUUUAAAUGACUGUACUAUAGAUAUAGAUGUAUAAAUAAAGUCUUUAUAAGAGGAAACUGCUAUAAAAAAUAUGAGUGUG